AUGUCUGUGUCAUUGAACCCGUUGUUAUCAUGGAACAUGUGGGGUAGUGUUGGUGGUAGGAGGAAAAAAGAGAAUCCAUCAACGAAUUCGGAAUGGAAUCAUGGUUUGGUGAAGGAAAACAAUGAGGUUCCGCAACCACAGCCACAUAGGAAAGUUAGAAGGAAAAGACAGGACAAAAGGGAAGAGACGAGAAUCGAUAGAGAGUUUGAUGGUGUGUAUGUGGCAUCUGAUGAUAGUUGUGAUUGGUGUUUCUUGUCUGGUUCGGAAUCGGAUGACUCGGAUUGGUCUAUUGGGUGGUUGGAGCCUCUUGGUUCUGAUUUUGAAAGCAGUGAUAAUGAUCAUGAUCAUGAUGAUGAUGAGUCUGGCGGGGAUAGUUUUGCUGUUUUGGUUCCUUGUUAUACACCUGGCUGCAAAGAGGUUGAAGGAACAAACAAUGUGCUUUUGAGUGCUCUUAAGAAUCUUCCCAAUGAAUUUGGUUCAGAUGGGAAGAAUUACAUGGAACAAUGGCUGGCUUCUCUACAAGGUUUUGGAGCUUAG